AAAUACCUCAGGCAGCAGCUGUUCAAUGUCUUUGACAGGAUCAAAGAACACAGGUGACACGGCCCCAAAAUGCCAGCUCUCAGUCUGGUCACUCUGGUCAGCUUGGUGUCCACUGUUUUCAGCAAGCAGCUGGAUGCACACCCGCCCCAGCAGCAGCACGGGCACUGGGCACAGAUCUGCAGCGGGAAUCCCACCAACCGCAUCCGCGGCUGCGACAGAUACGGCUGCGGCAAUUUCGGCGCUGACAGGCAGGGUGGCAAAGGAAAGCAUGUGGGUGUGGAUGUCAUCUGCUCUGAUGGAGCCACGGUGUAUGCUCCCUUCAGUGGGCAGCUCUCGGGACCCAUCCGUUUCUUCCACAACGGGAAUGCCAUUGAUGAUGGAGUCCAAAUCAGGGGAUCAGGUUACUGUGUGAAGCUUGUCUGCAUCCAUCCCAUCCGGUACCACGGCCAAAUCCGCAGAGGGCAACAGCUGGGGAAAAUGCUGCCCAUGCAAAAAGUAUAUCCUGGCAUUAUUUCUCAUAUCCAUGUCGAGAACUGCGACCACUCUGAUCCCACUCAUCUGCUUACACCUGAUGUUCCACCACUGCCACAACAGGAUGGGCGCUGGGCUGCAUUGUGUGCUGGGAACCCUACCAAUGAGAUAAGAGGCUGUGAUAAGUAUGGCUGUGGAUACUAUGGAGCUCCAAGACGCAGUGGCAAAGGGAAGCACCGGGCAGUGGAUGUCAUCUGUGCUGACGGGGCCACCGUGUAUGCUCCCUUCUCUGGCCAGCUCUCUGGGCCUGUUAAAUUCUUCCACAAUGGAAAUGCCAUUGAUGAUGGAGUCCAGAUCAGGGGACCAGAGUUCUGCGUAAAACUACUCUGUAUCCAUCCCAUAAGAUACAAUGGUAAAAUUUCCAAGGGACAAGUCCUUGGGAGAAUGUUGCCAAUGCAAAGAGUAUUUCCUGGGAUCACAUCUCAUAUUCAUGUUGAGAACUGCGACCACUCGGAUCCUACAAGCAAUCUUGAAAGGGGGAAAGAGCAAAGAGAUUGAAAUGGGAACACAGUAAAUUCCAAAUAAAUCCAUCUCAGCA